AUGUAUUUAUUAAGGGAAAUUGUUGAAGGAGUACAUAAUCCUAUAGGUUCAAUUGAAUAAUUAAAGAAAUCAGUAAUUAGUGAGAUUAAUAAAUAACACUAUUAUACACACAGACGUUCACUUUCUACUUAAGAAACUCCAUUUACUGUUGUUAGCAUUAAGAAACCAAAAUCUCAAUUAAAUACUAUAGAAUUAGCUCCCGUAAUAAAUAAAACUAGAUUUAUUCCUAAUUCCACAUUAUAAUUCAUUGUGAAAUAGUAAAAAAAUAAGUCUUUGUAAUUUAAAUAAAAGAUUUAUUCUCAAGAGUACAAAGAAAAGAGUAAUUAUGUCUAAGGCAGAAGGAGAUUCAAUAAAAAUGUUGAAAGUCUUAAACUAAAUAAUUAACGAUUUAGAUUGAGUGUAAGUGAAUAAUCAUAAUAAUUGAAUAAACUUCUUGAAAGUAGAUUGUCGCGUAUGUUGAGAUAUAACAAUAACAAUUAUGAUAAUUAUUUAUAAUGAGUGGA